AUGAAAAUGCGUGUUAAGUAUAAUCCUGUUAUAUUUUUGUGUGCUGUUGCUUAUUUUGUGGCUGAAUUGGAUGCACAAAUCUGCCAGCGUGUUCAACUUGUGACGAGGAUGGUGCAUGUUACAUACAAGACUUCGUACCGAAUCACCUACCACGGACGCUGCUCUCACGGUUGCAUUUUAACCAAGUGGGUCAAUUCUAUCGAACCCAAGAGUAUAAUGCAAAGAGAACUGAAGCCCACAAACUUUUGUUGCACUGGCUACAUCAGGAAAGAUGACUCUGUUAAUGAUAGUGACAUUGUAUGUGAGCCAAUAUGUAUGCCAGCUUGCAGAAAUGGACGUUGCAAAACUCCAGGAGAAUGCGAAUGUAAUAGUGGAUAUACCCGAGAUCCUGAAGACGAUCACAAUUGCCUUCCAUCUUGUAAGAAAGGUUGCCAGAAUGGAACUUGCGUCGCCCCUGAAACAUGUCGAUGUAACUUCGGAUACACCCUCGUAAACGGCACAUGUCAGCCAGUUUGCACUGAUCCUUGUCACAAUGGUACCUGCGUUGCUCCAGAGAAGUGUGAGUGCCUCGUUGGCUACAGAAAAUCAGAAAAUAAUAUAUGCCAACCUUACUGUUCACACGGCUGCGACACUGGAGCCUGUGUGGCUCCCGAGACCUGUCAAUGCCAUUCUGGAUGGGACUUAAAAGAGACCACACACUAUCCAUACAAACAUUGCGUACCAAUCUGUUCAAAACCUUGCGGAAACGAAGUUUGUGUGGCCCCAGAUACCUGUGGCUGUUUGCCUUCGUACAAAAAGUCAAAAGGUGGCUGUGAACCGAUUUGUUUUGACGGAUGGGUUUGGAAAAAUGGUCGAUGUGUUGCUCAGUGCUCUCACCCGUGUGGCAACGGUACAUGUGUCGCUCCAAACGUGUGUGCUUGCCACAGUGGAUAUCAUAUGGAUACUAAUUAUACUUUUUUGUACAGUUCCAAUCCGAAUGCAACAAUUUGCGUACCAACAUGUACUGGAUGUGCAGGACGCUGUGUUGCCCCUAACAAUUGUGAACUGGGACUAACAUCACAAUCCCAAAUUUCGUUUGACGAUUACUAUUACGAUUAUGAUCCUCCUAUAUUUCCACGUCAUGAAAAAACUACAACGUCUACUACAAGGCGUACUACAACGACCACUACCACAUCUACUGUAACACCUUAUCCGACACCAACUACAACUACUACAACAAUGUCUACUCCCACACGUUAUCCAGUACCCACUACAACUUCUACAACUUCUACCAUCACUGCCAGUUCAUACUUUAACGAAACAAAAGGGGAAGAAUUAAAAAAAACAUGGAUUGAAGAAAACUGGGUGCAGUUAUUCGUACCAAUAUUAUUAAUAAUCACGGCAGCCAUCAUUACCCUACUGCUACUAGUUUGGAGGUGCACACCCAUUAGAACUAUCUUCAAAGGAAGGAGUUAUGUUGUAGAAGGUGAUCCUGUGCAAACCGGUACCCCAUCGCGGUUAGAAGACGUACAGAUUUCAGAUAUUAAAGUAUAA